AUGUUUCAAGGAUCAAGUGAGACUCAAGAGCUUCGUGCUCUCUACAACUUCGAGCCCGAAUCAGCGAACAAUGGUAGGAACGGUGCACUGCCUGCGCAAAUUCCCCAACGAGCUAGCGACGGUGACAGUGGUGAUGGAGAGAGUGCUGACAGCGGCGCUGCUGUUUACUCCCCCCGAGAGGGGCAAAGCUAUGAAGCACCGACUUCUGCUGCCUUUGGAACUGGAGGUGAUGUCUCUGUGACUAUCGCAGUCACCCCUGGCGGUGAUACGGUGACGAAAACGAAGGCGAAAGUGUCGAAGACUGGUGUACUGAAAGAGGUCUUUGGCGCCAACAGAAAGAGCACAAAAGGAAUGACUGAGGAGCAGAAGAAGGCGGUGAACCUUGAGCAGCGUUGGCAAAAUGCGGUCCUUGAAGAGCAGCGCCUGAAUGACUUAGAGCAGCGUAUUGGCCGAGAGGAGGCCGUCACGGCGGAGUUAGGACUGGCUCCCAACUUCCCGCGCAAGUUCCUCUGUAUUCAUCCUCUCGUGCACCACAGUAUUUCAUCGGUGCCGGAGCACCGACAACUGUUUGUAAAGAUGGCUUUUUGGGACUGGGUUGCUGUAUGUAUUCUCCUCGUAAUCAAUUGUGGCAUAGCGAUAGGCGUCAGCAGCGCUCCCGUUCGCUCCGGCGUUGUAGUUCAUGGCGAUAUUAACAAAGCACAAAACGGCGUGCUUGCAAUUGUGCACCUUACUGGCAUACCACUGAGCUUUUUGAUUUGGUACUGGCGAAUUUACCAAGGGUGCUCGACGGGGCGCCCACCGCAGCACAUUUUGGCCUUGUGCGGUCUCUUUGUUGCCCUGGCGCAGGCCAUUUUUGCCUUCGCCGGCCCCAAAAACUACGGUUUGUGUGGUGUUGUCCUUGCGAAGUGGAUUCAGGCGACGCGUGAAUCUGGCGUAGUGGCACCUGUGGCAAUCAUGGCAGUGCUCUGGGCCGCGCAGGCCAUCUUUACGAGCUUCAUGAUUUUUAAGGUGUUCGUCUUCUAUCGGAAGGACCUGGCUGCCCGCCGCGCCGCUCGCCGCUACGGCAUGAAUGUUGUGGGCUGA